GCACACAGAUCCUCGAAAUAAUAGCAAAGCCGACGGGCGCGCCAGCACGAGAAAUUUCACUGCUCGCUCUGCUAAACGUCGCUGUCUCCUCGGUCCUGGGCCCCUUCAUCUGAUCUCCCUCCCGCACAGGCGAAUUGAAGAUCCACCAUGGCCCCCAGUUUUGACACCCUUUCUGAACAGGACCUCCACGAGGAGGAAGAGGAGGAGAUUGACUUCUCAGAUCUUAAAGCACAGUAUGAGGUAAAGCUUGAGGAGGGUCUGGAUACAUUUGUGGUUAUCGACGGGCUUCCGGUAGUCCCAGAGGAGAGCAGACAAAAGCUCAUCAAGUUCUUGUUGAGAAAACUUAACACCGUUGGCCACACUUCAGAAGAUGCCGUCUUCAUGCCCCUAAACGACAAAAAUACGACAGAAGGGUUUGCCUUUGUUGAAUUUGACACACCCGAACAAGCGGUUGCUGCCGUCAAACACUUCCACGGAGCCCCUCUGGAUAAGAAACACACUCUCCUGGUCAACAAAUUGAUGGAUAUUGACCGUUAUGGACGUGAAGGGCGUAUCGACGAGGAAUACAAGCCACCCCACAUCGAACCGUUUCAGGAGAAGGAACAUCUGCGUUCAUGGCUGGCAGACCCCAAUGCUCGUGAUCAGUUUGCCCUCUUUCGUGGUGACAAGGUUGGCGUGUUCUGGAACAACAAGACCAAUCCGCCGGAGAAUGUCGUGGACCGUGCCCACUGGACACAACUGUUCGUGCAAUGGUCCCCCAUGGGUACCUAUCUCGCGUCCGUCCACCCCCAGGGUGUCCAACUUUGGGGUGGCCCGAACUUCUCGAAGCUAAAGCAAUUCCCUCAUCCUUUCGUUCAGUUGCUCGAAUUCUCCCCCGGUGAAAGCUACAUUACCACCUGGUCUGCCCGUCCAAUUCAGGUUGAAGAAGGCCAUCCCGUUUUAUCCUACGAAGAAGAUGGAAAGAACAUUAUCAUUUGGGACAUUGUUACAGGAAAGCCUUUGCGGUCCUUUGUAUCCCACGACCUCACUGCUCCGGGUCCUGGCGAUGCAGAGGUUCAGCCCAAGAAGAAGGUCCAGUGGCCUGCUUUCAAGUGGUCGGCAGAUGAGAAGUACGUUGCGAGAAUGCUUCAAGGACAGUCCAUUUCCAUUUAUGAACUGCCUCGCAUGAACUUACUGGGCAAGACUUCGGUGAGAAUUGACGGGGUUAUGGACUUCGAGUGGGCUCCUGCAACACCCCGCCGCGAGGGUGUUAAGAACUACGAGCAACUACUAUGUUUCUGGACCCCUGAAAUCGGCAGCAACCCCGCGAGGGUUGCUAUGAUCAGCAUCCCGUCCAAGGAAAUUGUCCGAACUAGGAAUCUGUUCAACGUUUCUGAUGUGAAAUUGCACUGGCAAUCUCAAAGCGCCUAUGUCUGCGUAAAGGUGGAUCGUCACUCCAAGUCGAAGAAGUCCAUGGCUACCAACCUUGAAAUCUUCCGAGUACGCGAGAAAGGGGUUCCUGUGGAGGUUGUUGAUAGUCUGAAGGAUACGGUGAUCAAUUUUGCAUGGGAACCCAAUGGUGACCGUUUCGUUGUUAUCACAACCGGCGAGGCACCUACCGGUUCCGCUGUGCUACCAAAGACUGCUGUUUCUUUCUUCGCCCCUGAAAAGAAGGGCGCCAAUGUUGGUAGCUUCAGGCUGGUACGCACUAUUGAGAAGAAGACAAGUAACGGCAUCUACUGGUCUCCCAAGGGACGCUUUGUUGUUGUGGCCACCGUCCACUCGCAGACCAAUUUCGAUCUUGAUUUCUGGGAUCUCGAUUUUGAGGGUGAAAAGGCUGAGGCUGAGAAGGAUCUUGCCGCCAAUCUCCAAUUGCUCAAGACGGCCGAUCAUUACGGUGUCACUGAUAUUGACUGGGACCCGACUGGCCGUUAUGUUGUCAGCAGCGCUAGUGUCUGGACUCAUUCGAUGGAAAACGGCUGGAAUAUUCACACUUUCGCUGGAACAACCCUCGCUGAAAACCCCACAGAUAAAUUCAAGCAAUUCAUCUGGCGUCCUCGUCCCCCCACUCUCCUUAGUAAAGAAGAGCAGAAACAUGUCCGUAAGAACCUCCGCGAAUACUCCAAAGAAUUCGACGAGGAGGACAGGUACGCUGUCGACAUUGCCAACACUGCUGUGGUGGAGAAGCGCAAGCGUGUUAUCAACGAAUGGAUUGCCUGGAUCCGUCGCGAGAAGGAGCUCCUCGCAGAGGACAAGGACGCCUACGGUGUCCCCGAAGAUGCGGACUUGCCCAAGCUCGCCGCGGAUGCCCCACCUGCCGCAGCUGCCCAGGGAGAUACAGUUGUCGAGGAGAUUGUGGAAGAAAUUAUCGAAGAGUCAGAAGAAAUUAUUGCCUGAGCAAUUACAGUUAUAUCUCCCUUUUCUUGUCUUUUUCUUACAUAAUGUUUCCCUUGUCUUUCUUUUUGAGCUCCUCCUUCGCCCUUUGUCUGUCGAGCCUCUACCUAUUUCCAUUUAGGCAGGGACUCUGGUUGAGGAUUUUUGACUGCUGUUGUCCAGGGGAUGGGACCCUUUCACAAAAAUUUGAUAGAUUCAUGUUGCAUUUAUGCCCCAUUUAUGCCAUAGGCCUUAUGGUAGACGAGAAGCAUGACACAAGGACGUUGUACUUGACAAGGCAGACGUUGUAUUCCAAAAGAACGCUACGUUACGUUGUAUUUUCAUUAAAUUACAUUGAUAUUAUUCCUAUAAAAGUCGUUUACGUCAUCUCGUUUCCUGGAGGCAUAGAAGGGAUUUGCCUGCAAUUCCCAUUAAGGCAUGAAGAAAGUAUUAUCCAAAGAAGUAGAAAACUGCCAACGCAGGGAACAGUAGGGUUAAGCAAGCAAUAAGAGCCAAAGAAAGAAAAAAACCCCUUUUCACAUAGCAAACAUAGCCAGGAGCAUAACCAGAGUAACCCAUAUCCUGCAAACUCUCACUGAACUCAGGUCGUGUCUUUCAUUAGCUUGACUGAAAGUAAUAUCAUUGCGGUUAUUGUUGUCUCCCGUAAAAGUCGUACCCGCUGAAGGAUAAGCAGAAGUCGAAGAAGAGCAAGAAGUUGUAGGGGAAGCAAAAGUAGAAGAUGAGGAUGAUGAUGAUUCCGGCAACACGUUCUGUAUAAAAAGUGCAUUCUCCCUCCCCGCCAUUAUCAGGUUCCCUUGAGGAAGAUACUCGCAGACGAUAUACCAUCCAUUAGCCCUCGGUGGCCCGCUGCUGCUGCCGUUGUUGUUGUUGUUGUUGCUAUUGCUGUUGCUAUCCUGGCCCUCGAUCUUACCACCCUCAUCGUCAUUAUUACUCUUAUAUCCACAGUCAACAACAGCACAGCCAACUUUCUCUGUUGCUUUCCAAACUAGCUGUGUGAAAUGACCCGUCUCCUCCGUGAAGCCUGUAGGUUUCUUGAAGUCGUAUAAAUCCCGUUCGUCGCCCCAUUCGGAGACGGCGGAUGUGGUAUUUGGGUAUCCUGUUGCGAGGUUUUCACCGUAUGGACCAUGCUAUAAUUCAUGUCUUAGAGAUGAAAAAAGGAGCAAAAGGGAAAGAGA